ACCUUAUGUGAUAAAAGCCAUCCCACCUCCUCCGUGGGAUUGGGUGGGAUGGGAUGGGAUGGGAUGGGAUGGGGAGGGACUUCAAAAUAAAAUGUCAUUUUUACCCUCCUCUAUUUCUCUCUCUCCCUCAUCGUCUUCGUUCUCCCAACCUUUGUCUCGCUUGUCACGGUCGACCGGUUGUUGUAGCUGUAGGCUGUGGCCGUUGCAGAGUCCGCGCCUCCUCCGCAAGUAAAGCCCAGGCUGAAGUCGGGAACUUAUGUGAUCCAGAUCCCCAGAGAUCAAAUCCUCAGCGUUCCUCAGUCCGGGAACACCAAACGCCUCAAGCAACUCUCCAAGCGCAAGCCCGACCGCAGUACCUGCUGUCGAUGGUGCCUUUGCUGCUUCUUCUUGUUCAUCCUUCUCCUUUUUCCUCCUCGUCGCGUUUGCCUCAGGCGUGCUUUACUUGGCAUUCAGACCCAAAUUACUUUGCUACAAAGACUCUAGUUUUUUAUUUAAAUAUUUCUAGUAAUAUCUAUUGCAACCGAUCUUCAGUUCCAGAAUCAAAGAGAACGAUGUUCGAGCCACAGCAUUUUGUGGAUUUGCAUGAAAAUUCAGGUUUCGGAGAUCAGAAUUCAUGGUUGUCGGGGGAGGUUGACUCGUCGUCGACAAACUGUCGAAUUCAGUCUUCACUCUCUAACUCUGCCGCGAACGGUAAUAUGGGUCACGUCCUCUAUAACGAUCUAGUUGAGAUGAUCCCUCUUGUUCAGUCUCUCAUCAUAACUCUCUCCCUCUCUUUGCUUAAAUGGAUUUGCAUAUAAUUUGUAAUUUCUUUUUCCAAAUUUCUUAGCUUUUGUUUGGUCGGUGAGAAAAUGAUAGUGGGGAAUGUGAAAGGAAUUACAUUUAUUGGUUUAAUUUCAAAUGUUCCAAGGAAGGAAAACUGAAGAUAAGUUCGAUUAGCUUCUACUUUUCCUUUUCCAAAAAGAGAAUUAUUUUCUUGCUUGAGUAAUUACGUUGGAGCAAUUUGGCUUCCAGGAAACUUAGAAGGGAAGUGAAAAGGGUAGGAAUUGGCUUCAAAUUACCUGGCUAUAAAGAUGAUAGUUUUUU